AAUUGCAUGAUCUGUUGAGUUUUAUCUGCAGGUGCAGGGAAAAUGCACAAAUCUGAAAUUCUUCUUUUGUCACUGUGUGCCGGCUCUCUGGUGACACAUAGUGGUGUUUUCGGUACCAGAAGGUUAUGUGGCAUGCAGCUAGUGGAAGCGCUGCUGCUCGUCUGUGGUGAAAAGGGUGUUUUCUAUCAGCCAGGGAGGCGUGUCAGAGAGCACAACACUCGCGUCAUGAUGAGGAAAAGCGCCCUCUUCCGGCGACAGGCUGCAGUUGCUGUGCAGAGAGGAGACACGUAUGCCAGUAGAGACGUUUCAAAGAGAGGCAUUGUAGAGCAGUGCUGUGUUCUUAACUGUGAUUACUAUGAUCUGGAGAAUUACUGCAAUACAUAGAAAGUCUGCAACACAUGCUGCUUAUAUAUCUAUAGAAACCUUUGCAGUAUCUAGCCUGUACUGCAGUGUUUAGAGAAGAUAUGUCAGUGACACUUACCAUGUGUACGGGAUUGAAUUUUUG